AUGUCACAACCACCGGACCCCAAGGAGCAACCUCCUCGUCGCUUCUUUGGCUACCCAAUGCUGGUUGAAGGUCCCGAAACCCCGUUCAAUAUGCCAGUCGAAGUGAACCCAAUUCAGAGCGGCGUCUCUUUGGUUAUUCUAGGAUGGAUCGUUCCUAAAUUUAAGUUCGUUCAAAAAUUUAUUUAUAACAAUGCAGGUUUUACUAUGUUAAGAGAUCUUGACUUGGGAAAUGCUACAGAGAGAAUGAAUCCUCUUGUUAUUCCCCUUGCCAAUGAUUCAGACGUUCCAUACGUCCCUGAUCUUGACCGAUCAUCAUUCCAAGAUUUCCCUGGCCGUUAUCAUACAGUCGCAGAUUAUCACGAGAAGUAUAUUUUAGGAGAACUUACCCCUCUUGCAGUAUGCAAAUCUCUACUUCCACUCAUCCGUCGAGAUAUCGCCACUCCGUCCCAUUAUUCCAUUUCUUUCAUCGCGACAAACGUUGAUUCUGUCCUUGCUGCUGCAGAAAAAUCAACUGCUCGUUAUGCGGCAGGAAAGUCACUUGGAUUACUCGAUGGUAUUCCGACAGCUAUCAAAGAUACGACACAUGUAGCUGGAUAUUGA